AAAAUGCGUCUUCUCAUCGCACUUCUUAGCUUGGCCACCUACGCCGAUUCUCUCUACUUCCAUAUUGCGGAAACUGAGAAGAAAUGCUUUAUCGAGGAGAUUCCAGACGAGACUAUGGUGACCGGAAACUACAAAGUACAAUUAUACGACCCAAAUACGAAGGGAUACGGAGAUUAUCCGAAUAUUGGAAUGCACGUCGAGGUUAAGGAUCCAGAGGACAAGGUUAUUCUUUCGAAAUUGUACACCGCCGAAGGCCGUUUCACUUUCACAUCGAAUACUCCAGGAGAGCACGUCAUUUGUAUCUAUUCCAACAGUACUGCGUGGUUCAACGGAGCCCAACUUCGUGUUCAUCUUGAUAUUCAGGCCGGAGAUCACGCUCAGGACUAUGCUCAGAUCGCCCAAAAGGACAAGCUGAACGAGCUUCAACUCCGUAUUCGUCAACUUUUGGACCAAGUCGACCAAAUCACAAAAGAACAGAAUUAUCAAAGAUAUCGUGAAGAGAGAUUCCGUCAAACUUCUGAAUCUACCAAUUCGCGAGUUUUCUACUGGUCUAUUGCUCAAGUCGUCGUUCUUGCCAUCACCGGUGCCUGGCAAAUGCGUCAUCUUCGUGGAUUUUUCGAGGCCAAGAAGCUUGUCUAGACGUCGAUUUUUCAGUUUUUUGACUUUUCCCACCAAAUUCUACUGGUUUUCUUUAUUUUUCCCUAUUUUUCCCGUUUUUUUUUUGAAUUUUAAUGUAUUUUUGAUCGAUUUUUAUCGAUUCCAGAGGGUAGACAAUUUAUAAUUUAUAAUUUAUUUGUUUUUUUUCUAUGUGUAUUUAUUAUUUAAAUAACGCGAAAAAUUAAUUUAAA